AUGGACAAAACAAAAUAUGUUUUCAUUUUUAUGUUGCCAUCAAAACUACUAACGGUCUUUGAGUUAGUUAUUUUUCUUCCUUCAUUCUCCAAUCACUGCCUACUACUUCAUGCUAUCAUUCUUAUGGCCCUUCAAGCUUUUUAUGGCUCUGCAUGUUGUUUCCAUUCCCACCUUCUUCACUCUUCUUCUUCCACAACUGUAUCUCCACCAUUCCUUUCUGCAAGGAGGUUUCAAUCAUGCCCUUCAACAAGAAAAUCUCUCAAGUUGAAUUGUAGUUCAAGUGGCAACAAUGAUGACCAAGAUUAUCUUCUGGAUGCUCCAGUUUCCGUUGGUGAUGGAUUCUCUUUCAGUGGAGGAAAGUAUUCAGAUGGGCCUAGUCCAAGUGAUGAAUGGUUUAAGCAAGGAAAAAUGGUAAAAGCCUAUUCAAUUCCUGGCACUGGUGAAAAGGCAAAAGAUCCAAUUUUUGGACUUGCUAUGGGUGCUGGUUCCCAAGCUACUGGCGAUCAUUUUAGCGGAAGUGCCGAUAAUCCUCUAGUGAUACUAAUUCAUGGUUUUCCUUCACAGGUGAGCAUUCUUAGAAAGAUUCAUGGAGUGAUCACAGAGGUGGCUGUGUCAGUUUGGUUGAUUAAUCGCUGGCUGGAAUCAAGGGCAUAUUCAUAUCGCAAAGUUCUUCCAGUACUCUCCAAGGACUAUCAUGCCAUAGCCUUUGAUUGGCUAGGAAAUGAUCACUCCAUUAAUUCUUUUCUCUCAGGAUUCGGGUUUUCUGAUAAGCCUCAACCCAGAUAUGGAUUUGACUACACACUAGAUGAAUAUGUGUCAUCAUUGGAGUCACUUAUAGAUGAACUGGCUGUUACAAAAGUCUCACUUGUUGUCCAGGGAUAUUUUUCGCCUGUUGUAGUUAAGUAUGCAAGCAUUCACCAGGACAAGCUCAGCAACUUAAUACUCCUUAAUCCACCUUUAACAGCUAAACAUGCCAAGCUCCCACCAACAUUGUCCAUAUUCAGCAACUUUCUUCUGGGUGAAAUAUUUUCACAGGAUCCAUUAAGGGCCAGUGACAAAGCUCUAACAAGCUGUGGCCCCUAUAAAAUGAAAGAAGAAGAUGCAAUGGUUUAUAGACGACCCUAUCUUACAUCUGGUUCCUCAGGCUUUGCACUAAAUGCAAUUAGCAGGAACAUGUCGAAAGACCUCAAGAGAUAUGUGGAGGAUAUGCAUGGAAUACUUAAGGACAAAAACUGGAAAGUUCAAACCACACUAUGUUGGGGCCAAAGAGACCGCUGGUUGAACUAUGAUGGAGUGGAGGAUUUCAGCAAGGAUUCUAACCAUAAACUCAUUGAAGUUCCUACGGCUGGUCAUCAUGUGCAGGAAGACUGUGGUGAAGAAGUUGGACAACUUAUUUGCAGGAUAAUAAGCAGAAAUAGCAGUAUAUGA